CUUCAGGCCAGGAAGCGGUGUGGAGCGGGCGGCCGCCUCCAGUCCCCGCCCGGGCCAGCGGGAGGGGCCGCCGGCGGCGCGCGGAGCCGAGCGUAGGACGAGCGGCCGGCGCUAGGACCCGCGGGGGCCGCCCAGGCCGCAGUCUCCGGCUCCCCCCACCCCAGCCCACCUCACCCCGCCCAAAAUGAGGAAACGGAGGAACUUGUUCCAAGUUGUGCUGCCAGGGCCGCCUGGGGGCCUGGCACUCCGGCCCAUCUCAGUCAGGAUGCCCACAAGGCGCUGGGCCCCAGGCACCCAAUGCAUCACCAAGUGUGAGCACACGCGCCCGAAGCCUGGAGAGCUGGCCUUCCACAAGGGCGACAUGGUCACCAUCCUGGAGGCUUGUGAGAGCAAGAGCUGGUACCGAGCCAAGCACCACGCCAGCGGGCAGGAGGGGCUGCUGGCGGCGGGUGCGCUGCGGGAGCGGGAGGCCCUCUCAGCGGAUCCCAAGCUCAGCCUCAUGCCGUGGUUCCACGGAAAGAUCUCGGGCCAGGAGGCGGUGCAGCUGCUGCAGCCGCCCGAGGAUGGGCUGUUCUUGGUGCGGGAGUCGGUGCGGCAUCCCGGGGACUACGUGCUGUGCGUGAGCUUCCACCGCGACGUCAUCCACUACCGUGUUCUGCACCGAGAUGGCCACCUGACCAUCGACGAGACCAUCUGCUUUUGCAACCUCAUGGAUAUGGUAGAGCAUUACAGCAAGGACAAGGGGGCCAUCUGCACGAAACUCGUGAAACCCAAGAGGAAGCAGGGGGCUAAGUCGGCGGAGGAAGAGCUGGCCAAGGCUGGCUGGUUACUGGACCUGCAGUAUUUGACCUUGGGAGCGCAAAUCGGAGAGGGGGAGUUUGGAGCCGUCCUGCAGGGCGAGUACCUGGGCCAGAAGGUGGCUGUGAAGAACAUCAAGUGUGAUGUGACAGCCCAGGCCUUCCUGGAUGAGACAGCAGUCAUGACGAAGAUGCAGCAUAAGAACCUGGUGCGUCUGCUGGGCGUGAUCCUGCACCAGGGACUCUACAUCGUCAUGGAGCACGUGAGCAAGGGCAACCUGGUGAACUUUCUACGAACUCGGGGCCGGGCCCUUGUGAACACCCCCCAGCUCCUGCAGUUUUCCCUGCACGUGGCCGAGGGCAUGGAGUACCUGGAGAGCAAGAAGCUGGUGCAUCGAGACCUUGCUGCCCGCAACAUCCUCAUCUCUGAGGACCUCGUGGCCAAGGUCAGCGACUUUGGCCUGGUCAAGGCUGAGAGGAAGGGGCUGGACUCCAGCCGACUGCCCGUCAAGUGGACAGCGCCUGAGGCACUCAAACAUGGGAAAUUCUCCAGCAAGUCCGAUGUCUGGAGUUUCGGGGUGCUGCUAUGGGAGGUCUUCUCAUAUGGCCGGGCUCCAUACCCCAAGAUGUCGCUGAAGGAGGUGACAGAGGCUGUGGAGAAGGGGUACCGCAUGGAGCCCCCUGAGGGCUGCCCAGGCCCUGUCCACACCCUCAUGAACAGCUGCUGGGAGGCGGAGCCUACCCGCCGGCCAACCUUCCGAAAACUGGCCGAGAAGCUGGCCCGGGAGCUGCGCAGCGCGGGCGCCACUGGCCAUGUUGAAGGACAGGACGCUGAUGGCUCCACCUUGCCCCGCAGCCAAGAGCCUUGACCCUGCCUGGUGGGGCCAUGGCCCCAGAGGACAGAGUGGGGGGCUCAGGGUGGGGACACCGGCCGGGCCUCAGUAGGCUUGGGCCAGCAAGCCGCCCACCUGGCUUACAGCACAGAAGCAGGCCCUUGUGGGGGGCUUGGGGCAGUCCCUGGAUACCACAGACCCAGGAGAAGGAUUGGUGCCUCGAUAAAGACUGGUUCCAAGAA